GGAGCGAGAGAAAAGCCAAUCAACUUGUUUCCAGCUUUUCCUUCAGAUCAGCCAUCCAGCACCCGGAGAAAAAUAUUUCUCCUGUAAAAGAAUCUCCCUGCUCCGUGCAGGCUCCGAGCCCUUCGGCACCGGGACCGGCUGGAGACGUGGACUCAGCUCGGUGGUGGAGGACACUGUGCUGCCAUGGAUGGAUGUGUGGAGCCAAGGGGACACCCUGAGCCCCAUGAGGAGCUGCCACCCCCCUGCCCAGUCCUGCUGCUGGGGUGUGUGUCCUGUCACCCUGUGCCAGCAGAGUGGUGGGGAUGGAGGUGCUGAGCUGCAGCAUGGAGCUGGGAGGACUGUCACCCUGAGGACCUGGCAGGUGCUGCUGGAUUGUUCACCCCCUGACCCCUUCACUGCCCGACCCUCCUGGAGUUCCCCGGGGAGCAGGGGGACACGGGGAGCCGACAAGAGCAGCCGCACGGCCGGGCCCUCCCCCCACUGCUGGGGGGCCAGGUUUGGCCACAAGCAGCCUUGGUCGCUUGCCCGGACACUGGUGGCACCCAGAGGGGUGUCCGUCCCUGUUCGGGGCGUGCAGGGAGCUGUUGCUUCCCGGGACACAGUCUCCUCCCCGCCUGCGCCUGCCCCGGGAGCUGACGGCCCUAUUUAUGGAUCGGGUGGUUCAUCAGCGGGUUUGGCCAAACGUCCCGAAGGCCGCGGGGCUCGGACACGUCGCGGACACGCCUGGGGGGCUGCGGAGGGUCAGCCAGGGGGGCAGCCGGGGUGGGACACGCUCGGUGGGGUGGGCUGCCUUGGCCUGCCAUGGGGAGAGCCGCGAGUCCCCACAGCCAUGAGCCCCCCGGCCACGGCCCACCGUGGCUACCAGCCCCCCCCCGGCCACAGUUCCCCUGGCCAUGAGCUCCCUGGCUACGAGCCACCCGGCCCAAAGCCCCUCUGGCCAUAA